CGAAUCGUAAGCUAAAAAUAAUAAAAUAGCAUCUUCAGUCGUUAGCAGAAAGAGUUAAAACAACAGAAAUUCUCAGUUCACCAUUCAGUUACAUGCUGGGUAACAUUUGAUCAACUUCAAAUCUGUCUCCGUAUAGUAAAGCAAAAAAAAGUUAAAUUAAAUUAAAUUAAUGAACAGUUCCGAAUGAUAUAUUGAAAUUGUAAUUAAAUUGGAUAGUAAUCGCGUGCGAUUUCUCGAUUAUGAGGAUGUUUGAUCGAUUUUAAUGUAUGCCAAAAAGCUUUGACCGAAUAACAUAAAGUGUGUCGAAUCGAAAAUAUAAAGUGGAAAAGUGUUUGCUAUUUACUCGUUCUUUUUUUUGUAUGUGCAAAAUCGCUAUCACUUCUCAGUAACUUUACGUUAUAUCUACAGACCGACUGGGUUUUCCACGUAAUUUUGUUUUGUGGUGUAAUCAAAUCGGUGAUUUAGUUCGUUUAAAAACAGAGCGGGCACCGAAAAUGUGUAUCAAAUCGUUUUUCCUGUAAUAUGCAUGUGUUGCAUAGUGGUUCACUUGUUCAUCAUCCAUAUUGAAAUUGGAGAAAUGGCAUCAUCAUCAUCGUCAUCAGCAUCCCACCCAAUGUGUCGGUCAUUUUCAUCAGAAAGCCAGCGUAAAGAAUGGAGCAAAAGGUUGUCACUCCGCGGUAUCCACAAAAAUCGAGAUUUCAUUUCCUUGCAACAGGAUUUUGUAACACGAAAAUCCGGUAUGACACGACGAUCGGCAUCGCUGCGACAAACCAGAACUGCCCAAAUAUCUCUCGAUGUUCCCAUUCCGCCGCCACAUAUUUCCCCUCCACCAGUGUACACACCAGCGAAGAAAUCCAAUUGGGAGGUGAUUGAACAUUUUAAUACGUCGCGUGGACGGAGUUCGGUUAGCAGUAGUUUGAUCGCGGUAGGUGUAACUCGAUUUAAUGUGGAUGGUUCUUGUGGUUCAACCGUUUCUGGUUCAGCUUGUAACAGUCCAAUGAUUGCGAGAGACGUGAAUCCUUCGUUUCACGGAUGUGAAGAAACCAAUUUACAUAGCCAUAACCACCAUCUUAGUCCAACGAUAUCAUUUUGGUAUAGAAUCAAUAAGUCAAUCAUACGGCUUUGCAGUACACAUCAGUUUAAAAAUUUGCAAGUCGAAAUGUUGUAUCAGAGAUACUUCCUUCGGAUGAAUCAGAGCAACACAACCCACAUACUAAGUCUUCUCAUGGCUCUAGUCAUAUCAUUGGCCGCUAUACACAUAAUAUUUAUGCCACUAGAUAGUUCAAAUUUUUCAUACAAUACCAUACAUCGAAACGACAGCGUACAAAUGAAUGGAACAGAUGCUCGCCAUUACAAUCAAUCGUUUCAAUUGGACGAUCAAAUGAAUGAUACAUUCAUAUUAUCAACCGACCAUGCAAACCAUCCGAAUAAUCGUACAACAACUGGCAAUAGUUAUAGUACAUCACAUACAGGGAAUAAUAAGCCGUCUGAUACGAUUCUCAUCUCUUCACAUUUGAAUAAAGAUCUGGAUCUUCAUGACAAAACCAUUUCGAUUACACAAAAGAACGUUCAGAGCCGGGAAUGGGCGCAUGAUGACAUAUCAAACGAAAGAAAAAGAAUUAUGAAGCGCCAUUUGAAAAUAGCUACCACCAUUGACAAGGUAACAGUGGAUGCCUAUCACGACGUAAGAUCGCAAAAUUUUCCUGAAAAUACACCCACUGCUGUCAAUAACACUGUCGGCGAAAGUAAGAAUGUUUCAUCGGAUAGCGAUGAAGAAGUCCUUGCAUUUCAACGAAGCGACUUAAAAAGCUUCCUGUUAUUGUUGGUAUUCGGCGUAUGUGCUUGUAUUUACGGAAUUACAUUAGCCGUACUAUCAAAGCCCGCAAUGAACGAGAUAUUUUUGGUGCUUGUGUCGUACGUUAUAAUUGGAACGUUUUUCAUCAUUGAAAUUUGCAUAUUUUAUUCAUCGAAUUCUCGAUCAACUAUCUCAUCCAAUGGAUGCACUUUGAUUUUUGUCUAUUUAACCUAUACCAUGCUUCCGGUUCGUUUGCGCGAAGCAUUAAUUGGUGGAGGUGUAUUGUCGCUAACGCAAUUGUAUUUGGGCAUUUAUGGAUCGACAACAACUAAUUGGACUCAGAUAUGGUGUACGGCUAUAGCUUUGGUUUGCACAAACAUUUGCGGAAUCAUGUCGUAUUGGCCGAGGGAAAAGGCACAACGAAAGGCAUUUAUUGAAACUCGGCAGUGUAUCGAAGCAAGACUGCGUACACAAAGGGAAAAUCAACAACAGGAAAGUCUUCUGUUAUCCGUGUUACCCAGGCAUGUUGCAAUGGAAAUGAAGGAUGAUAUAGCUGGUAAGCCAAGAGAAGCUCAGUUUCAUAAAAUCUACAUUCAACAGCACGACAAUGUUAGCAUCCUGUUUGCUGAUAUAUGCGGAUUUACAAGUUUGUCAGACCAAUGCACUGCGGAGGAGUUGGUUCGGUUGUUAAAUGAACUUUUUGCGAGAUUUGAUCGUCUAGCAGCCGAACACCAUUGCCUGCGAAUUAAACUUCUUGGUGAUUGUUACUAUUGCGUAUCGGGUCUGCCCGAACCCAGGCCGGAUCAUGCUCAUUGCGCUGUAGAAAUGGGAUUAGAUAUGAUUGAUGCAAUUGCAUUAGUACGUGAAGUUAUGGCUGUUAAUGUUAAUAUGAGAGUGGGAAUUCAUACAGGUCGUGUGCACUGUGGUGUGCUUGGAUUGAUUAAAUGGCAAUUUGAUGUUUGGUCGAAUGACGUAACAUUAGCUAAUCAUAUGGAAAGUGGAGGAAUACCGGGACGUGUUCAUAUCACCAAAGAAACUAUGACUUGUUUGGAUGGUGACUAUGAAUUAGAAGAAGGACGAGGCCACGAACGAAAUUCGUAUCUGAAGGACCAUCAGAUAGAAACUUAUUUAAUCGUUCCAGGAGACACAUAUCGACCGAACAAAAAGCCACAUCAUUCGUUGUCAUUCAACGGUAACAUUUCCAAGGAACUGAGGAUGAUGGGACACAGCACACAGAAAAGUGCCAAAUUGGGAUUUCAGGAUACCAAUGAGAACAAAGACCCCGAAGACGAGGUGAAUGAUUAUUUGAUGCGUGCAAUCGAUGCAAGAAGUAUUGAUAGAUUGCGGUCAGAGCAUUGCAAAUCGGUGUUACUGUCGUUUAAAAAGACUUCCAUUGAGCAAAAGUAUUCUUCCGAACCAGACAGAAUGUUGUGUAUAUAUUUCUAUUGUAGUCUAUUAACAUUCGGCGGAAUGGUGUUAAUGCAAAUCAUUAUUUAUCCGUUAAAUAAAUACAACUUGUUGUCAAUUACUGUGCUUUUAUCAGCUUUACUAGCUAUUUGUCUCGUCACAUUGGCGAAAAAAUGUAAUUUUAAGGUUAUUAAAACCCUGACAAUUUUAUCCGAAAGAAUUCAUGGCAACAGAGUUCAUUCACAGAUGUUAGCGUUUCUAGCUGUGUGUACGGUUAAAUGUCUGUCGGUUUCAACCAUUUUUGUGUUUUUGUCGAACAAAAAUUGUGAUCAUAUUUCUACAUCGAUUCUAUACACUUUUUUAAAUCGCUUUGAUGACUGUGAUUACAACGUAGCUAUUAAUGCAUUCCUAUUAUUGACACUACUUUCUAUGAUGAAUUGUGCCGUUCAUCAGGUCCUUAAAAUUUCGCUGAAAAUCGUUUUGCUGAUUAGUUUAAGUGCUAUCUACUUUGCUGUGGCCAUUGUACAGGGAUUUCAAAUAAACAAUUUAUACGGCGAUCGAUUCGAUGCUAAAGAGCAGCUGCUAACGUUCAUUGUUGAUGGCAUUUUUGUGGUCAUUUUCGUAAUUGCUCUCAUAUUCCAUAGUCAUCAGACAGAAGCUACAUACCGCUUGGAUUUCAUAUGGAAACUUCAAGCGACUGAGGAAAAAGAGGACAUGGAACAUCUGCAGGCAUACAAUCGGAAACUUUUGGAAAAUAUUUUGCCAGUACAUGUAGCCGAACAUUUCUUGAGCAGGGACAAGAACAUUGAUGAACUGUACCAUGAACAAUGUGAAAGUGCUUGCGUAAUGUUCGCAUCGAUACCGAAUUUUUCUGAAUUUUAUGUAGAAUUAGAAGCAAACAACGAAGGUGUUGAGUGUCUGCGGCUUUUGAAUGAAAUUAUCGCCGAUUUCGAUGAACUGCUAAGCGAGGACCGAUUUCGAUAUAUCGAGAAGAUUAAAAGCACAGGAGCUACGUACAUGGCAGCAUCAGGCUUGACCGAACAAACGUGCGAUUUAGUGGACUUUCGUCAUGUUACUGCGAUGGCUGACUAUGCAAUACAAUUGUUCUCCAAAAUUGAGGAAGUGAAUACUCAUUCGUUCAACAAUUUCCGGAUGCGGAUAGGUAUUAAUAUUGGACCGGUUGUGGCUGGUGUCAUCGGUGCACGAAAGCCUCAGUACGACAUUUGGGGUAAUAGUGUUAAUGUAGCCAGUCGGAUGGAUUCAACGGGCAUUUUGGAUUACAUUCAAGUCACCCAAGAAAUAUAUCAAAUUCUGGAGCCCCGUGGAUAUAAAAUGCGUUGCAGAGGAACUAUAAAUGUAAAGGGAAAGGGUUCGAUGGUGACAUACUUCUUAAAUCCACAGGACGAGCAAGGAUCUCCACUAAUGACCGACGUACUAUCUGAUAACAAUUCAAAUACCCACGAAUGUCAACCGGAUGAAGUGCAAGACAUCAUCGAUAAGGAUAAUCAUUGUCUGACCCAAAAGCGAAAAUCCCUCUGUCGACAGCAAAACAUUUUCUUCGGAACGAGCAACAACAGCGAGUCACUUAGUUCCAGUCAAUCUACGGAAAAUGUUGACAAAUGUCUCAUUACCACUGCCGACGAUAUAAAAUGUAACUAUGAGAAACCGUCACAACAGCUCUGUGAAGUGACAAUGGAGCGCUUCAAUCCGGAGAUUUUCUUCAAGACUCAACUAACGGAAAUUAAACAUCAAAGCUUGCCACUAUGCAAAGGAUCACUAAUGGAUUCGAUUGAAAGUUUGGAAAAGUUUCUGAAAAAUGACUACAGUCUGUCGGAUUUGAACGGUCGCAUAGUGACCCCGCCCAAAUCACAUCAAGACACCGCUGAGAAUAGCAACAAAUCGAAUACGAAGCAACCAUUCAAUUAUCGGCGUCUGAAGGCGUCGCUUAAAAGUGCUGAACAAUCAAAGUCCACAGAGAUGUUGUGCAAGCAACCGGCGGAACAGACGAAAAAUUUCGGCGAACAGUUGAAGGAGUCAAUUAAAAUUAACACGAAGAAUGUGCUGAAGUUGUCGCAGUCAAUGUAUCCGAUAAACGGUAAUCAAAACAAAAUCAAAAUGCCUAGUAGUAAGAGCUUGGAUUUGUUAUAAGUUUCAUUAGUUGAAAAAGUUGAAAUCAAAUUUCGACCACUGUAACAGAACCAAUUUAAAAAAUUAAAAUGGAACAAAGAAAAACUAUUUUCAAAUAAUAAAUAGAAAAAAAAUGGAAACCCUCCUUCACACCCAGACCAAUUUAAUGUAUGUAUAUUUAGGUGAAUAUAUAUGACACCUCAUUCAAUGAGGACUUAAGUGUAAUUGAUGUACCUCUACCAUUAAAAAUUGUGUUAAAAAAUGGCGUUCAAAAUCUGGAGAGAAAAAUUUAUUUAUUAAAUAAUUGUAACUGUAA